AUGCAACUAGUCGCGAUAUUAAAGAAGACGCUCUUGUUGGCGUUAUUAAUAUUUUUGCAUCUAUUGCAUCUCAGCGUUCAAUUAUUUAAAAGUCUCAAAGCAGCACUCAGAUUACGAAAGAGUUAUAACGUUCAAGCGCCAAGAACUUUAGCAGUUGUCCUAAUUUUGAAUGAAUAUAAAGGGCUUUGGAAGCGUGACAAGCAGUUACAAUGGUUAAUAGAUAGCGCUAAGAAUGCUACCAGGUGGUGCGAAAACCAUGGUGUUCAGCAACUAACUAUAUAUGAGCACACAGGAACUCUCAAAAAGUAUUAUAACGAUGUCGAUGUCGAAGAUACGAGUACAGAUACGCCACCGCUGUCUCCUCCACCAACACCUACAUUAACCCCACAGAGUCUUGGUAACAUAAACAAAAGUACCGUCUCUGUGAGACUACUCUCAGGCGAUGAAGCAACGGAGAGAUUCUUCAAAGUAGCUGCGGAUGUCCAAAACGAGGAAUUUAGUUCACAUACCCAACGAAUCGCAUUCACAGAUAGUCUUAUGAAGAGAUGGUAUAAGCAUGAUGAUCCCGAAUUAAUAGUUGUUCACCACCUUCAACCAUCAUUCAUCAGUAAAUGUUUACAGGUGAAGGGGUUCCCUCCAUGGCAACUCAGGGUUGGUGAAAUAUAUCAUGAAAAAUAUCGUUUGCCGUUCUCAAGGGGCGCGUUAUCGGAAGACGUUCUAACAAGGGCACUCUAUUCAUAUGGUAAAGUCGAACAACGUCUAGGAAAGUAG